CUCAUAAUAGGAACUACAUCCUGUGUUGGGAGUGUGCGCAGGGUGGGCUGGCUGGAUAUCGCAGGAACUACGACGAGACGUUUUUCGCUUUCAUUCACGUCAGAUUGAUACUCUCAAACCCGGACGUAACCAACGCCUAGUCGCCGGAGAGGAACGAUGCAGACCAUAAAGUGUGUGGUGGUUGGAGAUGGAGCUGUCGGAAAGACCUGCCUGCUCAUCUCAUAUACAACCAACAAAUUCCCCUCUGAAUAUGUUCCCACGGUUUUUGAUAACUAUGCUGUCACAGUGAUGAUUGGAGGUGAACCGUAUACACUGGGGCUUUUUGACACAGCAGGUCAGGAAGACUACGACAGACUCCGGCCUCUUAGCUAUCCGCAGACAGACGUCUUCCUUGUUUGCUUCUCUGUUGUUUCUCCUUCCUCCUUUGAGAAUGUGAAAGAGAAGUGGGUACCAGAGAUCUCUCACCACUGUCCACGCACUCCUUUCCUUCUGGUGGGCACUCAGGUUGACCUGAGGGAUGACAGUAACACUGUGGAAAAACUUGCCAAAAACAAGCAGCGCCCCAUAUCACCCGAGAGCGGGGAGAAACUGUCCAGAGACCUCAGAGCUGUUAAAUACGUGGAGUGCUCCGCCCUCACACAGAGAGGCCUGAAGAAUGUAUUUGACGAGGCGAUACUCGCCGCCCUUGAACCUCCGGAGACCAAACCCAAGAAGCGCUGUGUCCUUUUGUAGGAACACAAGCAGUGGGUGAUGCACUCACUCCAACAAGAGAGGCAAAGAAAAAAAAUAAACCUUUUUAAGGUUGGUAGGGCUUGGGGUUUGGAGUGGAGAGAGUUAUAAUUGGGAAAAAUUACGGGAACAAAACGGCAAAAAACAAAACAAAAAAAACAUUUGGCAACAAAAAUGGUAUUGCAAACAAAUGCACACUGUGCCUUUAUAAAUGUUUCUAGAACAACAGAAGAAAUUAGAGAACCCUGGAACCAAUAGCACCCCUGCAAACAAAGAGCAUAAUAAAAAAAAAAUAACAAAAUAAAAAGAUAGGUGCACUUUACGCAUGUGAUGUCUUACAGAACAACAUAUAGAUUCACUUUAAUGCUUUAAGUGUCAGUUACAUGUAAUCGAUCCAGAAUUAAGUGUGACAAAGUUGCACAAAUACAUGAGAUUAAAUGCUUCAGGUUUGUGAUCGGCAUCCAAAAUGAUUUUUUUGAAAUUCUUUUGCAGGACAAACGUGGGUUUGUCUCUGAAACAUGCUUUUCUCUAAGCCGCACAAGAAUGGUUGGCACACAAUGUCUAUAAACAGCACAUUUCAUAGUGUAAAGCUGAACAUGCUGACUGCUCUGAUGAACACUUCUGCAGGGCUCAGCUAUUUGCUCUGUAACCUGUGGAUAGUGUGCGUGCAGAAGCUGACUUCAGCUUUCUUAAAUCUCCUCAGUUCGCUGUGUCGCAAUAUUGCAAUGGGCACAAAAGCUAUUCUUGACAAAUUUGCCUUUUAGUGUUUAGUGUCCUUUUUCCAGUUUUUAAUGUUGCGGUUUUGCCAGUUCUAGACAAUGGACUCGCAUGACAUCUGUAGGCAGGUUCUGUUUAACAUGUGGUUCACAUACUGUUGUUUAUACGUACUGGACUGGAUCUGGCACAAAAGCAAGCUAACGUGAUUGGUUUGGGCAUAUAAUUAGCUCUAAUCACUGACAAUGGCGUUGAAACAGAACAUAUACGAAAAUAAACUAACAAUUUUAGAUAUUUUUACAAUUUUAAUGUUGGAUCAGAGUGUUAUGGCCAUAGAAAUAACACACUAUGGCCACAUCCCCUCCUGAGUGACCCGUGUUAUAUGGUUUGUAAGAGAGUUUGGGACUUGAGUGGGAGCCAAUGGAUUUUUGUUCACAAGCAUUUGUUUCUUCCUGUAUGAGCCAGACUGUUCUCUUCUUCUGUGGUUCAUGCUCCUAGAAUCUCUCAUAAGUGCAUUUACUCUCGAGCCACGCAGUGCCUUCUGCUGGCCAUUUAGAAAACUGAAUUUUAUUUUUUAUUUUUAUUUUUUCUCUUUUUUUUUUUUUUUUUUUUUACUUUGAGUAUGAUGUAUUAAAUGUAUUACUGUUUUACUCUUGGGUGAAUGAAUAGUGGUGACAUUUUGAAACUUGAGAUUUUUUAAAAUGGCAUUUUAUUUUAUUUUAUUUUUUUGCUAGAGUACCAUUUGAUUGUGAUGUAUUAAUAAAAUAACAAUUUGAAAUGUAAUAUUUUGAAUAACCGAUCUUAACAGUCGUGAGGAUAACUGAUGAUGAUAAUGAUGAUGGUUUGAAAUGUGGCCUUUUCUUAGUCAAGUUCUGCGGUGUUUGGAAUCUCACUAUAUUUGUAAUAAAAGUGGCGCGACUGACAAACA